UCUCUCUCUCUCUCUCUCUCUCCCCCCCCUCUCUGGCUGCUCUGCGCUCUCCUGUGGACUCUCUUAAGGCACUUUGGAUAAAAGCCUCCGCAAGAAAUGGCAGAUUGUGGGUCUCUUAUCUGUCCCUCCCUGGGCAGGUGGUGAAGUGUCUGAGCCCAAUGAGUAAAGACAGCAAGUGUUUCUAGAAGGGGAAAAAGAAGAGGCGCAUCUGAUCUUUUUCUCCCAGUUAUUUCCAGUUAUUAUUCCGGCCGCACCGUAACAGUCACAGCAGCGGACUCCUUCCCUCCACAGAUCUUCUUCUCUCCAUCGUUCUGUCUGUUCUGCAGCUGAAAGCGGGCGAGAUCCUAGCUCCUCUCUCCCCCAUCUCUUACCCCUCUCUCUCCCACUCGGUUCGGAGGAGAAGCCAAAAGAAGGUUUCGCUUCUUCUUUCUCCUUCUGCCGCGGCUGCAGCGCUGCAAAAAAAAAGGAUUCCCCAAAAAGUGAUUUUAAGUGGACUUUUUGUGUGUGAUUUUGGCAGAAAAGUGCAGCUCGGGAUCGCAUCCAGAGAAGCGAAAGAGGGCGAAUCACUCUGACCUGGAAGGGAGUAUUUCUGGAGAGAGAGAGAGAGAGAGAGAGAGAGAGAGAGAGAGAGAGAGAGAGAGAGAGAGAGAGGAAAGUAAAGAAAGGACAGAAAAGAGGAGGACACGGAAGAGAGAAAUGGAGAACACGCUGCGCGGGCUCUCAUUUCCAAAAAUGUCUCUUCGGAUGGAUUAGGACAAACAGAGACCUGGACUUGGAACCUUGCAUUUUACAUCACCGACUUGUGUCUGGGAUAUGGACUGGUUGCUGUAAUCGAUCAGCGGAUUGAUUGAUUGGUUGAUCGGUCGGUCGGUUGAUUGACAGUCGGACGUUAGCAGUCGGCAAACUUGGACUUGUGGGGGAUUUAAAAACCAAAAGGGAACCGUGCACCGCAGCGACUUUUUUGGGGGGCAAAACAUGAGCCUUUUUCCAACAGCACCUUUGGAUUGACUCAUCAGUAUAUUGACGAGAGAAUAACCUGCGAAGCGGGACUAUUUAUCUAAUAAUCAUCUCAUCAUUAAGGUCGACUUUUCUGCCCAGUUUAACUCAAAAGUAUCCUGCAAUCCAACUUACGAUACAGCUUAUGUGUACUUACAAAUGCCUAUGCCCCUUUAGAAAUAGUAAAUGCAUGUUAAAGAUUUACAUUCAACAUUGUAUAUCAAAUAUUAAGCACUAACACUGAGUACCACCGCUGCAUUAAAGCCCCUCUAGGAAUAUUACAGGGCACCACAGGGGCCAGAAAGUCUCAUAAAAUACAUUAAGAAUGAUUAUGAAACUCAUAAUUGCUACAACAGUUUGACUGUAAAAAAAAAAAAAAAAAAAAAAAAUCCUUUCAUAAGGAAUUACUGAAGUGCAAAGCGCUUCGCCGGGAUUUCAGUUUGGAGAUUGGAAGUUAUUUUUGGCCGCGCCAAAGUAGAGCGCCUCUUCCACACCAGUGCCCGGACAGAGACGGAGACAGAGACAGACAGCCGGGACAUAAGAGGUCUACCUCCGUGUCUCUGUCUCACAUCCCCCACGGCCCGGGAAGAACGGAGUGGGAUAGACGGAGGGCGGAGGAGAGAAAAGAGAGAGGAGAGGAUGCGUAACUGCGGUUAAUUGGAGCAGAGUAGACUUAGCCGUCAAACAUCUUGGACAAGAAGAGAGAAAGAGAGAAGGAGAGAAGGAGAGGGGGGGAUUCUAUUCUUUGUGCAGCCAACAAGACUUUCCGCUUUUAGGCUGUACAUCUCUUUGUGUUUUGGCAGAGAGGAGGAGAAGGAAAAAAAAGAAAAAAACGACCUCUAUCCUUUCAUCUGUCAUUCGGAGAGCCGAGUUACUGGCUGGAGAAGACGGACGCGAGGACGCGAGGACAGAGCCAGAGGUGGGAUUAUUAUUUCCUGUCAACCUUUACGACUGGUCAAUAUUGUGUCGUCAUCACCCGCGUGGCUUGGAUUCUGGAUUAGUUUCUCCAAAAAAAAAAGAAGAAAAAACGCCAGGUGCCAGUGGAGACUAGAGAGAUGAAGACUCUAUCCCUCCUCUUCCUCCUCCUCCUCGCCUCGGGAGCCUGUGACGACGUCAAGUACAUCUCCAAGAGGAACUCAGUGGAUGGAUGCAUAGACUGGUCGGUGGAUCUGAAGGAGUACCAUGUUCUGGCUGGGGAACCUGUUCGGGUGAAAUGUGCCUUGUUCUACAGCUACAUCCGAACCAACUACACCAUGGCAACCAACGCCAAGCUGCGCCUCAUCUGGUACAAGAACAAAGGAGAUGCUGAGGAGCCUAUCAUCUUCUCAGGUCAUAGACUGAGUAAAGAAGACGACUCCAUCUGGUUCAGAUCUGCUGAAAUGGAAGACAAUGGCUUCUACACCUGUGUAUUAAGGAACUCGACAUACUGCGUGAAAGUGUCCAUGUCGAUGACUGUGGAAGAGAGUGAUGAGGGGAAAUGCUUCAGCAGCAAAAUCCGACAUCUGGAGAAAGCUGAGAUAACCCAUGGCAAAAUGAUCACCUGUCCUGAUAUAGAAGACUAUUUGGCUCCAUACAAGCAGCCACAGAUGACCUGGUAUAAGGAGUGUGAGCGGGUUGAAUGGAGAAGCUCCAUCACUAUUAACAAUACACACAUCUGGAUUCCUGAGGUAGAGGAGGGCGACGGGGGAAAUUACACCUGUGAGUUACAGUAUGGAUCCAGACUGGUGCGGCGGACAACAGAACUUAAAGUUACAGCUCUGCAGACCACUCAGCCUCCCAAGGUCCUUUUUCCCCCGCAGAGGCAAGACACCACGAUAGAAAUCACGCCUGGUAUGCCUCUCAGUCUGGAAUGCAAGGCGUUUUUCGGCUACAGUGGAGAAAACAGAAGGCCUAUUAUCUACUGGAUGAAAGGAGAAAAGUUUGUCGAAGAACUAGCAGGACACAUUAAAGAAAGCGAAGUCAGGAUUUUGAGGGAGCAUUUAGGGGAGAAGGAGGUGCAGCUAUCCCUAAUGUUUGAUGCUGUGGAGGAGGCAGACCUGGCCAACUACACCUGUUAUGUGGAGAACCACAUAGGGAGGCGCAGCGGGAGUGCUAUACUGCAGAAGAAAGAUAUGUAUCGCCUGGAGUUGGCUGGUGGUCUGGGGGUCAUAUUGUUGCUGCUGGGAGUCCUCACAGCACUGUAUAAGUGUUACAACCUGGAGAUCAUGCUCUGCUACAGGAGACACUUUGGAAGUGAUGAAACGGAAGAUGAUAAUAAGGAGUAUGAUGGCUAUCUGUCCUACACUAAAGUGGACCUUGACUGUUUGGGCAGCAGGAUGAGCAGCGAUGAAGAAACAUUUGCUUUGGAGAUCCUGCCGGAUGUUUUAGAGAAACAUUGUGGAUACAAGCUGUUUAUACCAGACAGAGAUCUAAUACCCAGCAGUACCUACAUCGAGGACUUGGCUCGUAGCGUGGAGCAGAGCAGACGCUUGAUCAUUGUUUUGACUCCAGAGUUUGUCGCCAAAAGAGGGUGGAGCAUCUUCCAGAUAGAGACACGCCUCCACUCCAUGCUGGUUACCGGGGAGAUCAAGGUGAUCAUGAUAGAGUGUGCAGACCUGAAGAAUGUCAUUAACUAUCAAGAGGUGGAAGCACUUAAACAUACAAUCAAGGCUUUAUCCAUCAUCAAGUGGAGGGGUCCUAAGAGCAAUGAGCUGUCCUCUAAGUUUUGGAAACAGGUGGUCUACGAGAUGCCUGCGAAACGCAGAGAGACGCUGUCCAGACGCCAGGUGAUGGACUCUGGCGAACAGGGCCUCUUUGGUGACCUACAGACCACCGUCUCCACCAUUGCCAUGACAACCACCUCCGCCUCCUUGGCGCCCCCUAAUGAUAGUCGCCAUGGACAUCAUCAGGUUGCCUUGGCGACAGAGAUCCCCGACUACAACCAGAUGACAUUGCCGCUGGGAGGCGGUCACACUGCCACAGCAGCCCAAAUGAGGCAUAUCUGCCGCAGCUACGAGUUCACGCUUCCCCCACAGCCUUCCUCCAUGUCGCCUCCCCUCCCACCUCCCUCCACCGUGCAGUUCUCCACUCUGGGCCCCGGGGGGCGCCACGUCUAUUGCAACAUCCCUAUGACAAUGCUGAAUGGACAGGGGUUAGGAGCAGUUCACUGGGGAACAAGAGGUGACCCAGAGCAGUACGCUUGGGAAGAAGCCAGAACUCCACCUGAACAGCACCUUCGUACCGCUCACCAGCAGAGAACUAAGCUCUGACAUCUGGUAGAGGGACUGCUCAACUGGUACUGGAUUGUGGACCGGUUUACAGACUGCUUUCAAACUGGCUUUGGAAAUGAGGUUGACUGGUUGGUCGACUGGUUUUCAUUGGAUUUUUGGACUGUGUACAGUCUUGGUUUUCUAGAGGGACUGCUUGUGGACUGCCUGCACACUAGUUUUAGGCCACUUCAUCUCACCUUGUGAACAAAGGACUGCUUAAAGACUUAAGCCUUUGAUUCACAAUUGUUGGCUAUACUGCCUGCAGACUGCUAACAGAAAGACAGAUUCAGAUCCUAAAACUGAUUGUACACUGGUUUUGGACACACCAACUGGAUACAGACUGAUACACUGGUAUGUAAGCUGUGUAGCCAGGACCACUGGAAAGGAGCGCUGUUACAACAUGACUGGUCAUACACAUUUGACUGGUGCAGAGAAUUUGUAGACAUGUAUGGACAUGUGGAUGUAAUGAACUGGAAAAGGCAAUGAAAAGAUACUUACACAACGAGUAGAUAUCCCCAAACAGGAGUGCUCCAUUUGUCAAAUAAGCUACCAAGUUGGACCUUGGAGCACAAAAAAAGCAAGUAUCUCUCAAAUUGUCGUCUACCAGCCGUGUACCCGGAAAACAAGUUGAUUUGUCAGCUGCUCAACUUCUUGGAAAUAUCGGUUCACGGAAAAACUAAAGUAGCGUAAUCUCGGAAGACCAGUCGACCGUCUACCUAGCUGAGUUCUCAGUAUAUCCAUCUACCUGUUGACUAGGUGGCUUGUCAGUUAACAAGGCAGACUUCAAGCAAUGAUUUUGGAAUACCAAUCCACCUUAAAACAACAAGUCAACCUCUUGAAAUACAAUUCCUGGCUAGCUAGCCUGGUUUGGUUCUUAGAAGCUUAUAAAUGGUUGACUUAGAAAUGGAUUCCAGCAAGAAUAUCCAGAUAAGGAGUGAUGCGUGAAGCAAUUGCUAAACUUAUUAAUAACUGAGAAAGCACAGUCAGCUGGUGUAUAUGGAAACAUAGCUAGUUACCUCUUGAGCUAAAAAGGCACCAAGAGACUGCAAACCAGCCAGCUCACCUUGUAACCCAGUAUACAGCAACUAGUCAACUCAUCAAGAGGUGAAUUGGCCAAGAGGUGACCUACCAACGUUUACCACCAAGCUAAAAGCUUAAAGGACUUGGCUUUUUCUAUUUGCAUGACCACCCAUUUAGAUAAAAAAAAAA